AUGGCCCAUCGCAAGGUCGAUAAACGGUUGCUUUUGUGGUACUCCUUUGUAUACCUUAUUAUGCGCAUCCAUGUUAGCAACAUCACCAAUGCGGCCAUCAUCAACCUUGAACAAGGCACCGGCAUCCGGAAACAGCUCGGGAAUCUGUCUAGCUCGCAAUGGGCCUGGGCGUUAAGCAUCUUUUAUUACCCUUACAUGUUCUUUGAGCCGCUCGCCACGCUUGCCCUGAAGAGAUUCUCUCCCUCCGUUUGGAUGAGUAGGAUUAUGAUCACCUGGGGAAUCAUCUCCAUGUGCCAAGGCGCAACCCAGAGUUAUGCUGGCAUUCUUGCCUGCCGGUUCUUCCUCGGGCUCGCUGAAGCAGGCUUCUACCCGGGUGUUCUGUACCAUCUCAGCUUCUGCAGCAUAUGCUAUUUCAUUUAUGAAUGGCGUCGGGGGCCUCGCUGGCUGGAGAUGGACCCUGGGACUGUCAAAUUUCUCACAGAACCCGAAAGAGAGAUCAUCAUAGCUGAUCUCCCAGAGCAAGCACCGACAAUGAAUGCCAAGACUGUCAACUUUCAGCAAGUUAAGGAGCUUUUCCGCAACCCCACGUUCAUCCCAUUUCUGAUGAUCUGGAUAACACACGGCAUUGGCGGUUGGGGCAUUUCCUUCGUUUUGCCGACAGUCAUCUAUGAGCUGGGCAUCUCCAACACAGCAAUCUCUCAAGUGAUGACAAUGCCUCCUUUCACCCUCGUCUUCGUUAUUCUUCUGUCACUCGCAUUCCUCGUCCAUACUCGGCGACUGAGCCCGUGGGUUGCUGGUUUGGGCCUGGAGGCUGCCCAGAUUGUCUGUUACGUGCUGCUUAUUGCGGUGAAGAACUCGGUUGCGAAAGCUGCCAAGGGAACAACAAGCGCUGGCCUCGCCAUUGGCAUCACCAAUGCCUCAUGCCAACUCAUGGGAAUUGUAGGCCCCCAAAUAUAUCAACCAAAGUUCGGACCGACGUACCGUGUGAGCUACUCUUGCUCUAUUGGAUUGCUGUGCGGCACCCUCCUGGCCAUCUCCAUCGCUUGGAUUUUUGUUGCUCGGCAGGAUCGUGAUGACAACCUUCAGACGAGCGCCAAGAUAUUGCUGUUCGGUGGAGCCAAAGGUAGUCUUAAGUGCGUUGGCUCACGCAAGCUCUUUACGAAAGUGUUCAAGCAACACUCAGCCAGUCCAGCUGAGCACUAG